ACUGCCUCGGCGUCUGGUCUCCAUAGAGACGGAGCGGGGCCCUGGCCGCGGCGGCCUGAGGUAGAAAGGCAGUGCAGACCCUCGGAGGAGAAGCCACGAUGUCGUCGAAGGGGAAGGACGGGAAAAAAGCCAAAGCCAAAAGCAAGAAGGGGAAGAAGUCUGUGAAAGUAGAAGACUCCGUGGUGGAGAGAGCCAAGGCCAAUGCCUCUCUCUGGGAGGCCAGGUUGGAAGUUACUGAGCUUUCUAGGAUUGAGUACCGUGAUACCUCCAGGAAACUGGCAAAAAGUAAUGAGGAGCUAAAGAAACAGCAGUAUAGAAUGGAGAAAGACACAAUGUCUGUAUUAAGCUACCUGAAAAAACAGGACCACGAGAAAGACAAUACGAUUGAAAAAUUGAAACAGCAGUUGAUUGAAACAAAGGAAAAAGCUGAAAAGGAAAAAGAAGAAAUGGAGCACAAGUACACCAUGCAAAUACACCAGCUGGAGGGACAGUUCCAUCAGAGAAUCAGAGAAAUUGGCAUGAUUCAGACAGAGCUGAAAACAAUAAAACAGUUUCAGAAGAGAAAAGUCCAAGUGGAAAAAGAAUUAGAUGAUCUGAAGGAGAGUUUAAGGAACACAGAACGUAAGCAUCAGGAGACUCUUAGAAGACUGGAAAGCAGAUUUUUUGAAGAAAAGCAUCGGCUAGAACAAGAAGCUGAAAAGAAGGUAAUAAUGUUGGCAGAGCGAGCCCACCAUGAAGCUAUCGUGCAACUGAAUAAUGCUGGAAGAAGUGUUUUUAAAGAGAAUGUUUAUCUCCAGAAAGCUCUUGCCUACCACCAGAAGGAAGCUGAUACUCUACAAAAAAAUUCCCAGAAGUUGAAAGAGAAUCAUACUUUCCUUUUACAUCAAAAGGAGAUCAAUGACCUGUUGGUUAAGGAAAAGAUAAUGCAACUCACCCAGCAGAGGUCACAAAUUCAGACUCUUCAGAAGAAGGUGGUGAGCUUGGAGAAUGCUCUGAGUUAUAUGACCAGAGAGUUUGAGACUGAAGUUUUAAAACUGCAGCAGCAGUCCAUGGUGGAGAACCAAGCUGGCCGGGUGGAAAUGGACAAGCUGCAGCAGCUCCUUCACAUGAAGGACAAGGAGAUGAAUCGCGUGAAGAAGCUGGCCAAGAACAUACUGGAUGAAAGAACAGAAGUGGAAAGGUUCUUUCUAGAUGCUCUCCACCAGGUGAAGCAGCAGAUCCUGUUCAACAGGCAGCACUAUAGGCAGAUAGCACAAGCUGCUUUCAACUUAAAAAUGAGAGAGGCAUGUGCAGGAAGAACAGAGUAUCCCAAAAUCAGAACGUUUGAUGGCAGAGAACACAGCACCAACAGCGUGAAUCAGGAUCUUUUGGAGGCUGAAAGAUGGACAAUUACUCAAGGAAAUGUGGAUAUUGGAGAUUUGACCUGGGAGCAGAAGGAGAAAGUCUUAAGGUUGCUGUUUGCAAAAAUGAAUGGUUUUGCCCCUAGGAAAUACAGCCAGAGUUCCAGGCCUCCCGUUCCAGAGUAUGUGGCUUCUGACAGUGAAGACUCAAAGGAAUUUGGGGAUGAAAGUAAGCCUCAAGACCAAACCUUCAUCACUCAGCAAGUUCCAAUAUCAGACUGCUCUGGUGAAAUGAUGUUACCCAGUAUUCCACAAGGAUCGCAAGAGUUAACACAGUAAGGAGUCUGGAAAUUUCUGAGACCCACUGCUGAACAACACAUGGUCCCAGAGAAGCUGCUGGCAGAAUCCUUAUUCCUGAGAUGUUGAAGAAAGUUUCUUAAAGGAAAAAAUAUUGUUUUGUUCAAAAGUUACCUGUUUGCCAUAGA